CCCAGUUGUUUAAAUUUGGAUUCAAUGACUUCAUCAUGAAUCAUCUGCCUGUUUCGCUUUUCAUAAUCGCUGUCUUAGUUAAUAUUUCUGCUGGAAAUUUCCGUCCACACCCUGGAGGAGCCAAUCGUCCACCCCCACCGCUAAUAUGCACUCCGGACUCGCUCAUGCUUUAUCAAGAUUGUAGAAUGUGUGUGUGCCCUCGGCCCUAUAAAGCGGCCAAAUGCUUCAAAAAAUCAUGUGAUCUGAGGACCAAAGACAGCGGUCAAUGUCCCACUUCUGCGCUGAAAUUGGACGAUAGCCGAUUGUGCCCAAACAGUCCUACAGCAUCCUGCAAAUCCGAUGUUGACUGUCCAGGGGUUCAACUUUGUUGCUUCGACUUUUGCAAUGGGGCUAAAUGCGUGAACCCUGUGCCCCUGGACGCGUCCUCUGGUACGCCACACCACGGGAGGGGCUAUCAGUGAUGAAAUUAUAUAUCUACAUAUUGAUGUCGCAUUGUCAAAGUGUCGAAUUGAUGUGAAUAUUUGAUUUAAUAAAACUAAGUAUGCAUGUAUAA